AAGGACAAGCAGGAGCAGAGGGGAACACACUGUGAAGAGAGGACUUUGAUUUCCCAGGAUGCCUGCGAAGUGGAUUUCUGCUCUAUUGCUGCUGCAGCUGAGUUGGAGCUUCCGAUCUGUGAACUGUGGGAAGGUGCUGGUGUGGCCGAUGGAAUACAGUCACUGGAUAAAUUUAAAGACAAUACUGGAUGAACUUGUGCAGAGGGGUCAUGAAGUGACUGUUCUGAGAUCUUCAGCGUCCAUCUUUUUUGAUCCUCAAACGUCGCCUGGCCUUAAGUUUGAGACGUUUCCUACCUCUUUUAGUAAAGAUGAUCUGGAAAAUCUCUACACAAGGUUUGUGAAUUCAUGGACUUAUGAGAUACCAAGAGAUACAUGUUUAUCAUACUCUCCUUUGCUGCAGAGUCUGUUUGACGAGUAUUCUGAUUAUUCUCAAAGUCUUUGUAAAGACUCAGUUUCAAACAAACAACUUAUGACGAAACUGCAGAAAUCCACGUUUGAUGUUCUUCUCUCAGAUGCCAUAGCUCCCUGUGGGGAACUGAUAGCUGAACUGCUCCAGAUUCCUUUCCUCUACAGUCUUCGCUUCAGUCCUGGCUACACGAUGGAAAAGUAUAGUGGAGGAUUUGUACUCCCCGCCUCUUAUGUACCUGUAAUCUUGUCAGGAUUAGGUGGUAAAAUGACAUUCUUAGAGAGGGUGAAAAAUAUGAUAUGCAUGCUUUAUUUUGACUUUUGGUUUCAGACACUUAAUAAGAAGAAAUGGGAUCAGUUUUACAGUGAAACCUUGGGAAGGCCCACUACCUAUGCUGAGAUAGUAGGCAAAGCAGAAAUGUGGCUCAUUAGAUCCUACUGGGAUUUGGAGUUUCCUCACCCAACCCUACCAAAUGUUGACUAUGUUGGAGGACUCCACUGCAAACCUGCUAAACCCUUGCCUAAGGAAAUGGAAGACUUUGUCCAGAGCUCUGGAGAGCAUGGGAUCGUGGUGUUUUCUCUGGGGUCAAUGGUCAGCAACAUGACGGAAGAAAAGGCCAAUGCAAUUGCAUGGGCCCUUGCCCAGAUUCCACAGAAGGUUAUUUGGAGAUUUGAUGGCAAAAAACCAGCCAAUUUAGGACCUAAUACCAGAGUCUACAAGUGGCUCCCCCAGAACGACCUUCUUGGACAUCCAAAAACCAAAGCCUUUGUAACUCACGGUGGAGCCAAUGGCCUCUACGAGGCGAUCCAUUAUGGAAUCCCCAUGAUUGGCAUCCCUUUGUUUGGAGAACAACAUGAUAACAUUGCCCACAUGGUGGCCAAAGGAGCAGCUGUUGCGUUAAAUAUCAAAACAAUGUCAAAGUCAGAUUUGCUUAAUGCCCUGGAGGAAGUCCUAGACAAUCCCUCCUAUAAAGAGAAUGUUAUGUGGUUGUCAACCAUUCACCAUGACCAGCCUAUGAAGCCACUAGACAGAGCCGUCUUCUGGAUUGAGUUUGUCAUGCGCCACAAAGGGGCCAAGCACCUGAAACCACUUGCACACAACCUCACCUGGUACCAGUACCACUCUCUGGAUGUUGUUGGGUUCCUCCUUGCUGUUGUGGCAGCCAUUGCUGUCCUUGUUGUGAAGUGCUGCUUGUUUGUUUACCAAUUCUUUGUAAAGAAGAUGAGGAAAAUGAAGAGAGAAUAGAGCACGCUGAGAAUG